AUGGACAAGCAAAUAAAAGAAGAAUUAGAGGAGAAAGAAAGGGAGAAAAAGCCAUUAAAGAAGCCAGCAAGACCUAUUAGUCUUGCAUAUAGAGAUAGUUGCAUGUCAGUGCUGGAAGAUGUAGAGAGAAUAACUGGUAUUUACCGUGGAAGUGCAAUGAAGAGAGACACAGUAAGUUUUUCUGUGAAAAAACAGAGACUUAAUGAGCUAGAAUAUGAAAAAUGCCAAUAUGAAGCGUAA